AUGCAGGUCAAUCUGGGGUGCACAGAGGUCCCCAGGAAGAGAGCUUGUUUCUGGAGAACAAAGAAAGGUUGUGUCAUGGAGAAGAUCGUCACUUCAUCAUGGAGAAGAUGA